AUGGAGCUGCUUUGUCGGACCAUUUGUGUCCCGCCUAUCUGCCGCUCAUUGUCGUCAGUUCCUCACGCCGAGAAGUUCUGCCCGUCAUCAUUAAAGCAAGCCUACAUAUGUUCUGUCAAUAAUCGGGUCAGGAAUCUGUGCCUCCUUCGUUUCGGGAUUUGGUCGCAGACGUUUACACUCGACGACGACGCUUUGCGCAAACUCGCGCCGUCGGUCCUUCAAUUCGAAGGCCCUAACAGAUUUCUACCGAAAUACGUCCUGACCAGUCCGACGAAGGCAAAUCUCCCUCUGCCUCCACUUGCUCCCGUCAACAAAUCAAACUUGCAACGUCGACCCGCAUCCUUGUUGGAUACACAAGCACAUCUGCAAAAUCUUGGACAAGUCGUGGAUGAUCUAACUUCGAAAGUGGAUAACGCGAAGCAUGAAAUUUUCAUGGUCAAGACACUUCUCCAACAGGAGCGGGAGGUUUUAUGA